AAUCGAGUAGCAUAUGGUACAUUUUAUUGUACAAAAUUGUAUACAUAAAUGUCUACACCGAUUUCAAAUGUUUUGAAUAUUUAUAAUAUCAUAUGUUGUCAAAAUACACCAGUCAUAUAUUUACUACAUGUGAAUGUCAUCUUGCAUUUGUUAUUAUUUUAAAAGCUACAUGACUAUUCCUAAUACAUUUGAUAUAUAGAUGACCCAAGCAAAACUCUCUUUCUCACAACAGUCCUUGCCAGACAAGGAAGGAAAGAAGUGUCUGCUUUACAUUAAAUGUUCAGAGAAGAGCUUUGAGAUCAGUGUGUCAGACAAGAAGAAGAAACAAGAAUGGAUCCAGGGCAUCCAGACGUGUGUCCUGCUACUGAAGCUGGGUCGCCCGGCGCCACACCGCGAGGCCCGGCAGAAGCGGCGCGAGCUGCGGCAGAAGCAGCAGGCAGAGCACGAGGAGCUGGAGCAGCGCAUGCGCGAGCUGCAGGUGGCCAACGAGAACAAGCAGAGCGAACUGGAGUCCAUGAGGAAGAAACUGGAGGACGCAGCAGCUAAUGCCGUAGAGGAGGAGCGGAGGAGGCUGGAGACGCAGAAUGAGCUGGAGGGCCGCUACAGGGUCGACCUGGAGAAGGAGAAAAUGGUACGGCAGCAGAUGGAGGAGCAGGUGGCGCAGAAGUCCACUGAGCUGGAGCAGUACCUGCAGCGCGUACACGAGCUGGAGGAUAUGUACCAGCGUCUGCAGGAGGCGCUAGAUGAUGAGAGGCAGGCCAGGCAGGAUGAGGAGACCGUACGCAAACUCCAGUCUCGGCUGCUGGAGGAGGAGGUGACCAAGCGGGCGGAGCUGGAGGAGUUCCACCUGACGCAGCAGCGGGCGAUCUCCCAGACAGAGGCCGAGAAGCAGGAGCUGGAGCGCGAGCGUCUGGCCAAGGAGAGCGCCCUGGAUGACGCCAUGCAGCAGCUGCAGCUGCUCCAGAACGAGAGACACGAGGCCCUGCAACAAUACCAGGAAGUCAUGAAGAAACUUGAGGACGCCGCCAAUAACACCAAGAGCUGGAAGGACAAGGUGGCCCACCAUGAGGGUCUGAUCCGCAUCAUUCAGCCUGGCUCCAAGGGGCCACAGAAGAUCACCAACUGGGGGCCGGCUGCCUUCACUGAGAUCGAGCUGAGCCUGAGGCAGAAGGAAUGGCAGGACAAGAAGGGCAAGCCUGCUCAGACCGAGCAGGACCCGUAGACCGAACACCACACAGACCAGAACCAGAACUGAAAGAUAGAGGGAGACAGAGAGAGACGAAAGUCAGACCAACACCAGAACUACUAGAGAAAGAGGGGGACCAUCGCGCUGCCUAAUGCCUGAAUCUCCUGAUAGGGACCAACACCUGAACCCUCAGAAAGAGACUGUUUGACCAUAGGGCACAUUAAUCUGGAUCACAACAUCACAGUCCACAGAAGAAAAAGAACCAGCACCAUGUUUACUACCUGAAGACACCUAGAGACAGUCAAGUCAUCUAGACUAACCAGCACACACAGAAUGAGAGAGAGAGAGAGAGAGAAAAUGAGAGAGAGGGAGAGGGAGAGGGAGAGGGAGAGGGAGAGAGCGAGACCUUUAGACCCACUUGAACAUUGAGCCAACUGAACUGAGCUAAGAAGGUGUCUAGGUGACUGUUACUAUGCUGACUGACAACAUUCAAAUGUUGAGUGAGCAAAAGUACAAAUUAAUAAUAAAGUACAAAUUAGUUUUCUUUCCUUUACCAAAGUGAUAGUAUUAAAUCUAAUAUGAAAUGGUGAUGUGACAAACAUUUAUCAUUAAGUAAACACUUCUAAAUAACUGUUUUGUGUUUGCUAAUAUGCCAUUUUAUGGUUUGGUCUUAUUUAAUAUAUUUUCUUGGCUGGUAAAAUAGACAGGAAAAAAGAGGGCAUUGUCUCUGCAGCAUCGUCAUUGACUCUUACUGAAGUCAUACCUGAGACAAACUAAUACACAUGGAAGGGAGAUAUUUGUUAAAUACGUUUUUGUAGAAGUAUUUCAUUUUCAUGUUUACCUACCUUAGUGAGAAUGACUGUUAAAUGAAUAGCAUUCUGUAACAACUGUUGCCUUACCCAAGUGUACAUGGAAAAGCCUUCUGCUAAGUUGUCACAUUAUCUCUAACCAAUGCCUUAGGGUUCGUGCUGGUUCAGCUUCUACUCUGCUGGCACCUCAUUUCAGACUAACAGUGUAACGUUGUUGUAAUAUUCGACUGUCAGAUUUUGUAAGACCCAAGACACAACAUUUACUUGUAUAAAAGUGUAAUAAACACACAGAUACA